GAGGAUGCGCUGGAACGUGAGGGACCAUAACGCCGCUUACAGAUGUAGAGGGCUGAACGUUAUCUGUAGCGGGUGGAUGAGACAAGGCGACACACCUUCACCUCCUCGCUUAGAGAGCUCCCGGUUGUUCUGAGUACAUCGCUAGGAGCUUGCUGUGGACUGAAGUGAUUCUGAGAAACUUUAAACUUAACACGGAUUUUGUACAUUACUGUGUGAGAAUUUCCACCGUUAAACUGACGAUCGAUAUUGGAUAUUACGACGGUGUGUGAUGAUUCUAAAAAACGACUGUUGAUUACAUUUCCACGUUAUUUAAUGAUAUUUAACAAGGCUUUUAAAAAAAAGUUUUUAAAAGGACAAAAUGCCUAAAUCGUUUCUGGUUCGAAAAAAAUCCUGCGUUCAAACACGUACAUGGGAAGAUGUUGCCACGCCCAUUUUUACCCCCGGGAACUCGGACAUCUCGACCCCUUUGACCACACCUCCUCCGACUCCAGAAAAGGGAAAAGCAUCAGACUGCGAAGAUGACACAAAAGAAGAAAAGGCUCCGGUUGUACCUGUUAGGAAAGCAAGCAAGGACGCUGAGGUUUUAUCUCCCACAAGAGAUGAUACCAUAACGUCCAAUAUUUUCCAGUUCCCACCAAGACUUAACCAACCCCACUUUAGCACGGCCUUUAGCCGCCCGCAAAUAGAACACAUCCCUUCAAGACGGGGGCAUAAUGACUACGGCGCCCUUCCCCAUUUUCCGCAUCUUCCAACCCUCCGACCGCCAGUUUUGUGGAAUCAUGUUAUGCAUGCGCAUGUGCAUGGGCAUGCGCACCCAGCGUCUUUUAUGCACGCUCAUUCACCACCUCCAAAUUGGCUGCCAACUCCACCCCCUUUCAACUCAUCGCCUAAUACCUGGAUCUCACCUUACGCUGGGAAAACACCUUCGCCUCUCGGAGUUCUCUCCCCUGCGGAAAUACCGUCACCUUCUUCAACAGUAAUGGCGGACGAACCGUCGUCCUUCAACAGUGCGGCAAUUCCAAUGCAUCCGUCUUCCCAUAUGGGUCCGGUUGACCUGAUGACCAGGCAAGGUGACCAAUCACAAGGCUUGUUAAAAGCGCCAGUCCCUUGUUUUCCCAUCAGAGAGCGCGUUACACCCUAUCCAAAGCCAACAGGGAUUAAGGUUGAAGUCAUCAACAAUGGUUUUGGGAUCAAGAAUCCAUUGUUGACCAACGAGAAGCCAGGUGCUAUUCACCCGGAUGUGCACGCUAUUCAUAGUCCCCCUGCGUACCUGAUGACGUCAGAGCCCUGUCACACGUGCAGCUUGUGUGGGUUCAAGACGGACACCCCACGAUUGCUGCAGAAACACCUGAAGACACACAAGGAGAUAAAGCGGUUCCUGUGUACAGUCUGUGGAAAGGGUUUCAACGACACAUUCGAUCUGAAGCGGCAUACACGCACUCAUACAGGCGUGCGGCCUUACAAGUGUGACAUCUGUGGAAAGGCCUUCACACAGCGAUGCUCCCUGGAGUCCCAUGGGAAGAAGAUUCACGGAAUGAUGUUCAUGUUUGCCUUCAAUGAACGCAGGACUAAAGUGUAUGUGUGUGAGGAAUGUGGCCAUUCAACUGACGACCCCGAGGAGCACUUCCUGCAUCUGCGCACGCAACAUCCGAACAAUCCCGCCAUAUUGCGAUGUCAUGAUAGGCGCCAGUUUAAAUUUGGAGGAAAACUUCACGAAAGGAGGAAAACUGACUCCCUCGACGCGGAAGAGAUUCAAGUGACCUAACGAAACACGCCGAGAACAGAAACAAUGCCUGGUCUUUGUACGCUUCGGUGGACAGACUAUUAAAACAUGUGUCCAAGUAUGACUUUCUCACAGCUUUGCAUGACCAGGUCAUCUAAUUUAUCUGUUAAUAUUUAAUUCUUUCUGUGAGAAAAAAAUAUGAGAAAAUCGUGAUUUAUUUGUUCUUGUCCAUGCCACAACACUGCUAAAUAUAUAUCAGUUGCCUAUUACAUGUAAUGAGUUCGGGCAUGCAUUUCACGGAGGAGGAUGCAAAUUUACCCUAUUGUCCUAAACUGUGCAUCAUCUCAAGGAAGUGAAGAGACUACUAUCAUCAUUAGAUCGUCAUCUACCUAAAGGUUAAACAAAAACCAUUAUAAUUGAAAACUUCUCCAGUUGCACAAUGGUACACACCUAUGAUAAUGUUCCUUGUAACUCGAGACUUUCCGAGACAAGCCGAAUGGCAGGCCACGGAAAGGGACGAGUGGGGACGAAUGCCUUCAGUUAAUAUGAAUGAAGAUAUGGUGGUUAGCCAAGUCUCUGUUAUAUUCGCUUCAACGCCAACCUCUUCAUUAAUACAAGUUUCAUAUACACUAACGCCUCUUUAGUCCGGACCCCUUUUAUCCGGAUACCCUAUCUUCCGAACAUUGGAAACAAUUACAAACAGUUAAAGGGACUUUACUACUACGUUGAUAGGCUCAUCCGAACAAUUUGACUUGAAAUAGUACCGUCCGGAAUAAGGAGGUCUAACUCAAACAGUGGAAUAUAUAAUAAGAUAUUUUCAAUAUCACUACAGUCAAUGAACAAUCUCAUUAAAAUCAGAUCUAAGUUACGGCCCGUACGACUGAUUCCGUCAAAAAUAUCGUCGAUAUCUCGCUUCCGUGGGAUAAAGAUUU